AUGGUGAAGCUAGCAUCAGCUAGAGAGAGUAGAAUGUACGGCCCACGAAUAGCUAGUAAUAGGGCAGAAUGUAUGAACGCAGAGCUCUAUGUGUUUGCAACUAUUGUGCUUAUUGGUGGGUUUGUGGCUCAAUUGUCAAAUGAACCCAAGUUAGGUCUUGCGCUUUUGCUUAUAGCUCUCCUAGGUAUUGUGGUGGUUAAUCUUCAUGAUCUUGUUGCUCAUCUAGCCGGGAUUGAUUAUCGGUUGCCUUUGAUGGGGUUUGAUACACAGCUUGCACUGGUUGAGUUUGCGGUUCCUGUGGUUCAGGCCUUGGGGGCUUCGCUUUCUUUCUUGGGUAUUCUUUUUCUUUUUAUUCAGGAAUAUGAGGGAUAUGGUCACUUCAAAUUGGAAAGGCAUGCUUUGAAUUUGCUUAUUGCUGGACCAGCUUUGUGGGUGCUUGGAUCCAUACACAACUCGUGCCAAAUAAAUGAAAGUGCUAAUGGGCAUGUAAAAAUCUUGCAAAAGAGUGUCCACAUCCCAUUUUUAAUGGGAAGUUUGUUAUUCUUGGUUGCGUCCGUUCUCAAUAUUCGUGAGCAAGCAGGAUGGAACCAUCAUGGACCGAAGUUACUGGUAAGCUGGCAAGACCUGGGUCUGGAUAGGCAUCUUUGGAAGUCUAAUGUUCUUUAUAGGGGGGUUAACGAAUGUAGUGAAAGUGUUCAAGAUGCAGCAAAUUGA